AUGGUUGCUAAAUUAAGAUGGAAAUGGUUGGGGAUAUUCAUACCAUGCUUUUUGAUUGCAUUUAUUGGUUACUUUGCGCAUUAUUUCAUCCUCUCAAAAUUUCUUAGCCUCGCUAAGCAAAUAUGGUUCCAAGUAAGUCUUACAAUGAUCUGGUUGUCAUACUAUAAGGCUAUAUAUACAAACCCAGGAAAGCCUCCUGAAGGAUUUAAACCAUUUGAUCAUGAAUGGAGAAAUUAUUGUGAUAAAUGUGAGACUUUUAAACCAGAACGUACCCAUCACUGUAAAACAUGCAACCAAUGUGUAUUAGUUAUGGAUCACCACUGUCCAUGGACGAUGAAUUGCGUUGGAUAUAAAACCUUUCCACAUUUUAUGCGGUUUUUAUUUUGGAUAGUUGCUACUACUGGGUUUUUAUCUAUACAGCUUGGUAGCAGAAUUGCAUUUGUAUGGCAAAAUCGAUAUUCAUCAGGACAAUUUAUAACAAAAGUAGAGUUGGUGUUCCUAACAAUUUUAACACCGCUUAAUGGCUUUGUAUUUAUUACUAUUUUGGUGUUAUUUUUAAGAUGCGUAAAGAAUCAGAUCUUUAAGGGCAUGACACAGAUUGAGUCAUGGGAAAUGGAUAGAAUUGAGAACCUAUUUUAUAGGAAGCGUUUGCUUCCGCAGUUGAUGUAUAAUCUGAAAAUUCUCUAUCCUAAUUCAAUAAUGGAUUGGCAGCAAGAACUGGACGAGAUGAUGAGUUCUAAUAGGAUACAAAUUGAUGACCUAAUAAAUUUCCCCUAUGAUAUUGAACCUUUCACGAAUGCUAUUAACUGCAUGGGCCCUUUUAGUUGCUGGUUAAACCCUUUUAGCGAGCAAGAAGGCAAUGGAGUAAGAUUUCCAAAAAAUGAUAUAUCAAUCUAUGAUGAAUCUUCUUCUAUAACAGAUCAAAUGCUAGCCUUACCUUGGCCACCAGAUGGAGGUCGUGAGUUACCCUCAAAUAAUUCAGAAGGUAACAUUGAAGCGAGUACAGAGGAUGGCGAGAGAGUAAUUAGAAAAAGACACCCACAGCAAAAGUCAAACCUUUCCCGCAAGAAAUGGCGGAACGAAUGGGGCGAGAGUUUGGAACAUUUCGGUGUGGAUAUCUACACCGAGGAAUAA